UCUUUCCAGAAUUCCUAGGCAACGCACCCCCGAGGUGUAUAUCCAAGCUGAGGUGCCUGGGGGGGGGGCAUCAGGCGCUACUCGCGGGGCGCCGUCACGUGAUCCGGGGAUGAGGUGGAGUUCGGCUUUAAGGGGGCGUCUCUUCCUAUCUUCAUCAAUCUUUAGGAUUUGAGCAGGAGAAAUACCAACGGAUCUUUUCUCCCCUCUCUGCUCCCUUCCAUUACCAUUCUUCCCACUUUAAUAAACGGGCGAGAAAGAUGAAUCCAACAGAGGGUAGUAACAUCACUAAGAACGGCAAGCAGUGAAAGGCCAGCGUUCUCAUUGGAAAGGAGAAGGAAAUUUCCCUUUGGAAAGGGGCCAAGUUUCCAACUGGUGAUAUUGUUCAGUUCAAGGGAAUGAAGAAUUGAGAAUAAUUUUGAUAAAUGGAUUGCAAUAUGGAGAAUUAAGAAUAAGCUGAACAUUUGAUCUGCUUUGAAGAAACAUAUUUUCCAUUUGUCUAGAGUAAUCUAUAACAACCCAACCAAUCAAAAUGAAUUCAACAUUAUUUUCCCAAGUUGAAAAUCAUUCAAUCUUCUGUAAUUUUUCAGAGAAUUCCCAGUUUUUGGCUUUUGAAAGUGAUGAUUGUCAUCUGCCCUUGGCCAUGAUAUUUACAUUAGCUCUUGCUUAUGGAGCUGUAAUAAUUCUUGGGGUGUCUGGAAACCUGGCCUUGAUUAUAAUCAUCUUGAAACAAAAGGAGAUGAGAAAUGUUACCAAUAUCCUGAUCGUGAACCUUUCCUUCUCAGACUUGCUAGUUGCCAUCAUGUGUCUCCCAUUCACAUUUGUCUACACAUUAAUGGACCACUGGGUUUUUGGUGAGGCAAUGUGCAAAUUGAAUCCUUUUGUGCAAUGUGUUUCAAUCACCGUGUCCAUUUUCUCUCUGGUUCUCAUUGCUGUGGAGCGCCAUCAGCUGAUUAUCAACCCACGAGGGUGGAGACCAAAUAACAGACAUGCUUACGUAGGUAUUGGUGUCAUUUGGGUUCUUGCUGUGGUUUCUUCUCUACCUUUCCUCAUCUAUCAAGUAUUGACUGAUGAGCCGUUCCAGAAUGUAACACUUGACGCGUUCAAGGACAAAUACGUGUGUUUUGAUAAAUUUCCAUCGGACUCCCAUAGGUUGUCAUACACAACUCUCCUCUUGAUGCUGCAGUAUUUUGGCCCACUCUGUUUUAUAUUUAUUUGCUACUUCAAGAUAUAUAUACGCUUAAAAAGGAGAAACAACAUGAUGGACAAGAUGAGAGACAAUAAAUACAGGUCCAGUGAAACCAAAAGGAUCAACAUCAUGCUGUUGUCCAUCGUGGUAGCGUUUGCGGUCUGCUGGCUGCCCCUGACCAUCUUUAACACUGUGUUUGAUUGGAAUCACCAGAUCAUUGCGACGUGCAACCACAAUCUACUAUUCCUGCUGUGCCAUCUGACGGCAAUGAUAUCCACUUGUGUCAACCCCAUAUUCUAUGGAUUCCUGAACAAAAAUUUCCAGAGAGACUUGCAGUUCUUCUUUAACUUUUGUGAUUUCCGGUCUCGGGAUGAUGACUACGAGACGAUAGCCAUGUCUACCAUGCACACAGAUGUUUCUAAGACUUCUUUGAAACAAGCAAGCCCAGUCGCAUUUAAGAAAAUCAACAAUGAUGAUAAUGAAAAAAUCUGAAACUCCUGUAGCUUAUUGUCCCAGAUGACAUCUGUCUAAAAACAAGCACAACUUGCAACAUCCUUUCAGUACCUGUUCCCCUAGGGAAUGAGGUUGUAAUCAUGUAAGAAAGACCAAGAUUUGCUGUCUUGCUUUUUACUGCUUUUAUUAUAGCUGUCAUAAUUACACUGGGACAAAAUGUGUGGGCUUUGGAAUCUUCUGGCAAUAGUUUUGACCAGACAUCCUUGAAGUGCUUUUUGUGAACUUCUGCAUAUAAUACAAAGAUUUUAUAUUUAAUUUGUUGGAAUGAAGUUUCUUUAAAGUAUUACUAUUGACUGACUUUAGAAGCACUACAUCUGAAACUCAUUAGGUCAGGCCAUCCUGAGUUGAUUAGAUUAGAUGGUCAUUAGGUUGGGCAAUCCUGAUGUAAUGAUAGACAUAUUUCAGUCUGUUACAGAGGUGACAGCAUGCAAAAGCAGCGUUCAAGAAGUGGAGCUAAGCCUAUGUCUUGCAGACCUAACAGUCUGAAGUCACUGAGGAGUGGUUUGCAUCUUUUUUAAAUUUAAGACAGGAUUUAAUUUGCUCCUGAUUAUCACUUGAGAUAAAAAUGCAUAAAAAAUACUUCUCAGCUGUGAAUAUCAUGGGGAAUUGGGCCACCCACAAGAAUUAAGUGGGAAAGCAGUUCUCUAACUUCAAAAUUAUUUUGGUACCUGACAACCAAAGGAUUUCAGAGUAAUUCAUUUAAUAAGCAAAUUAAUAUUGUAGCAAAUGGUUGAAUUACAUUCAUCUGAAUUGUUGGUCAAGAUGUUUUCUAUUCUUCACAGACUGUUCAGUGUUUGUCAGGCUUUCUAGCAUAAAUCUAUAUGUGACUCAAAAGGCAUUUCCAGCUUACAAUAUAUAAAAACACAAAGUGUAUUUUCCAUACAUCAGUGCCUACAUAUUAACUCAUUUUUAACUUUUUCAAUGUCCAUUCUUCAAAGAAGGACACCAAAGUAUACUGUUAAAAGAAUGUUCACCCUGGCUAGCAGGGCUACAUACCUGAAAACUGAGAACACUUCAUAUAGCCCAUAUUAACUUGUAUAAACUGUGUGCCUUGUGGAGUCAUAAAUAAUGUACUUUAUAGAGUACUAAGUCAUUGUGUCAUGUUAAUAUACUUAAUUUUAUGUAUUCUGUAAUUGUGAUUGAGCCUCAGAAUCAUUUGGAGGAAAGAUAUUUUAAAGAACAAGAUAUAACUUCAGUGUACUAUAAAAGUAUUAAAUGUGUUUGAUUUCAGAGGGACAUUUUCUUUAUUAAAAUCGUUUUUGCUUU